AACUGGAUAAACCUGACUAGCAACCAGCUGCAUUUGCUCUUUUGUGUUUUUCAUAAGGGGCUUUUCAUACAGGCAACAGGAGAGAGAGUAAUCAGAUAUCAUGCUCACUGUACGCAUAGGCCUUCUUCCAAUCAUAGCAGUGCUUGGAAUCAUUUUCUUUGCCGUUUUCCUCAUAAUGCAGUCUCAAAGCCACACCCUCUCCUGGUAUCCUGAGUUUCCUGGUCCAGAGUGGCUACAGGUGCCUAAUGUACCCAAAGAGACCACCUCCAGACAAAGACCGUGUGGCAUCCCAAAGCCCUGUCCAGAGGGGGACUUCAGCUUUUUAAUCGCCAGUGGAGCUGCUAAUGUGGUUGGACCCAAAAUCUGCAUGGAGGACAAAAUGGUUAUGUGGAAGAAAAUGUUGGGUAUGGAAUUAACAUUGCUGUUGUAUAUUGAACCUCUGGUGGAGUUUCUGGAGUCCAUUGAGAAUGGAUCCAUUGUGUUGAUUGCCACCUACGACGACCCAGCUGCAAAAUUGAACGAAGAAGCAAGGAAGCUUAUCAGAGAGCUUGGCAGCUCUGCUAUCCAGUCAUUAGGCUUCAGAGACAACUGGGUCUUUGUUGGAGGAAAAGGAGCAGAUGUCGAGAGUACCUUGGAGAAGCAUAUUAAAAACAAUAGGGACAAAAACAAGUAUGACUCCUGGCCAGAGAUGAUUGAAUUGCAAGGAUGCUUACCACGCUAUUUGGAGUGAUUGGUACCAAAAAUGUUGUUAUCCUGCCAGACUCCAUAUCCACUGUAAACAUUUGCACAUGUUGUGAUGUUUGUAUUACUCUAAAAAAUGCAUAAUAAACAACAGUUUGGCCUUGUC